UCACAGACAUCGCUUUUGGGCGGAGCUAGAAGGGGACGAGUGGGGACACUUGUCCCCCCAUUUUCAAAAAAAAAAAUUAAAAAAAAAUUUAAAAAAAAAAACAAAAAAACGCAAUUACAGAGUGCUCUGUGCGACAUUUGCAGCCAAACCCUAAGUCUUUCAAUUUUUAAUUUCUCUCUCUUCGAUUCGCCCUCACCUCGCCAGAGUCGCCUGACGCUGUCCACCGUUCUCCGGCAGUUCGCAGCAGUGAGGCCAAUGACGAGGUUCGACAGACGACAGCGCACAGCGGACAGCGGACAGCCUUCAAUUCGUGUGAAUCGUGUCUUCGUGAGUUCGUGUUUGCUGUUUGCAGCAGCAGCCCAGCAGGCCAGCAGCCCAGCACCGCGCCACCGCAGCACAGCCAGCAGUUUGGACGUUUGGUGUUCAAGUGUAAAGUGUUUGCAGCAGCAGUUCGCAAGUCGGCAACUUCGCAUUUACAGAUUUACUGUAAGGAGUAAAUCUGAAUUUCAAUGGAGGAAAUAUCAAAAGAUUCACCAAAUUCAAACAAAUCCAAGGCAACUAAACAACCCGAUCUUCAACAAUUCUUGUUUAAAAGAACGAGACUCAAUGAAAAUGAGUCCAAUAACUCACCUUCAGUUAGCUCCCCUCAAAGUCAAGAAAAUAGUAUGGAAAUGGGUGGUUCAAGUAAUAGUAAUGUACCAUUAGAGGAAGAUUUGGUGUAUGAUGUUGAACUUCUUCCUCAUGAUCCGGGAAAAAGAAUAAACAUUAUGGAUUACCUCGCAAAUGAACGAAAUGCUGUUAGGAGGGGUUAUAUUCUUAAAAAACCUUGCCAACCAAAAACUCAUGACUUCCCUACAAGACAAGUGUCUGGUUUGCGUCGCUUUAGUGUUCAUUGGUUCAACAAAUGGGAUUGGCUUGAAUAUAGUAUUGAAAAAGAUGCUGCAUUUUGUUUUGUAUGUUACUUGUUCAAGAAUGAAGUUGGUAUUAAACCGGGGGGUGAUGCAUUUGUUGAUGGAGGGUUUAGGGCAUGGAAUAAACCGGAAAGAUUUGAGAAGCAUGUUGGUGGAAUUAAAAGUGCUCAUAAUCUUGCUUAUGAGAAAUAUGUGAAUUUAAGAGAUGAAAAAAAGAAAUCAAUCUUGAAUGUGAUUGACAAUGCAAGUGAUGUGAUUAAAAGUGAAUAUUUUAUCCGCUUGAAAGCAUCUUUAUCUUGUUUAAGAUUUCUUUUGGGGCAAGGUUUGGCAUUUCGUGGACAUGAUGAAAGUGGGGAGUCAUAUAAUAGGGGUAAUUUCCUUGAGCUUUUGAAGUGGUUAGGAGAAAAGGUUGAGGAAGUAAGGAUACAUACUCUUGAAAAUGCACCUAAAAAUUGUCAAAUGACUUCCCCUCCUAUGCAAAAGGACAUUAUUAACUGUUGUGCCAAAGAAACAACUAGGUGCAUAAUAGAAGAAGUUGGUGAUGAUUACUUUGCUAUAUUGGCCGAUGAGUCAAGUGAUGUGUCCCAAAAAGAACAACUAGCUCUUGUUUUGCGUUUUGUUGAUAGAGAUAGUGGAAAGGUAAUGGAGCGAUUUUUAGGCAUUGUUCAUGUUGCUAAUACUACCGCUUUAACUCUUAAAGAUGCAAUCAUGUCUUUACUUGUUGAACAUUCAUUGAGCCCAUCUAUGAUAAGAGGGCAAGGGUAUGAUGGAGCUAGCAACAUGAAGGGUGAAAUAAAUGGCCUUAAGACUUUGAUUAUGAAUGAUACUCCAAGUGCCUACUAUAUACAUUGUUUUGCUCAUCAACUUCAACUAACAUUAGUUGCCGUUGCUAAAAAGAAUGAUAGUUGUGGUUGGCUUUUCGAGAUACUUGGAAAUUUGUUGAAUGUGGUUGGAGUUUCUUGCAAGAGAAGAUAAAUGAUUC